GAUCAUAGUCACUCAUAGUGAAGUUGCGGUUAGUAGGACCUGGUCAGGAUAACUUGGACGCGUUGUAAUAUGCCGUCUGCACUUGCGAGUCAGUUGGCCGCAUCCGCAUCUCUAAAUGCAUCUCUUCUCGAGGCUCACACCAGCAAACGAAGACGGACAGAAUCUUACCUUUUCACUGGUCGAGACACCGACGUUCAUGACCUCGAUUCGAUCCAUGCACUUGCCAGCAACGCCUUCGCCCAAUUGUCCUCAUUAUCUCCUGCUUUUACUGCGCGAACCAUAAAAUUGGGUUCAGAUGGGUCUUCCCUGCCAGUGGACUUCGACCAAACUUUAUUCUCCGAGGCUGCAAGGAAUACCGACCGCACAAUGCAAUCUCGGGAUGUGAACACGAACCUUGAUCGCACGUUGAACGCAUUUCUAUCUUUGUUAGGACCGUGGCUCAUGGAAGCACCCACAAGCAAAGUGUUAGAAUGGCUCGUCAGGAGAUUUCGCAUCAACGAAUUCAACGUCGAUGCAGUUCUUUCUCUAUUUUUUCCCUAUCACGAAUCCCCACACUUUGUCAAGAUGCUCUCGAUCCUACACAUCUCUCCAUCUUCCAUAUUUUCAUUUCUGCUACCAUUUAAAUCAGCAGCAACGCCUCUUGCACGGAGCUCGAUGGUCAAAGCCAUGGCUGCCAACCAAGCGGUGGCCAGAUUUAUUGCAUCAUUACUUCCAACUGCGAUAAGAGGCUCAUGCUCUCAUCGCACUCUCGUCGCGUUCAACGCAGCCACGAUGCACGACUAUAUCGCAUCUUCACCGGGUCUAGAUGAAGGCAUUCUAGCGUUUCUGCUUUCUGCUCUCCUUGCGCCGUUCCAGACUAGUCAUAGUGACGCUAAUGCAACUCUUGGUAGUUACGUGCUGCUCUCCACACUCUCGCAUAAAGUGUCCCUGUCAUCUGCUGCCGUGGUAGCUAUCGUCGGAGCAAUGGCUACUUCAGCCGCUCCCAAAGGCAAACGAGAUACGAAGGACAACAGAUCUAGCGAACACUUCAUCAAAGUUGCCAUUGCAGUAUGCUCACCUCAAGAGGAACUUGAGGCUUUUCACGCAAGCACAGGGAAUUCAUGUCUAAAGAUGCCCGCAUUUAUGGAGGAACUUCGAGGUGCGGUUCAGUUCGUCGGAGCGGAUAAAUUUGUCUUGCCACUCCUCGAAUGUCUCAAGCCCCGACUCGAAGAGCCUGCCGUGUCUUCUCUUUACGCUGCAAUUCUCAGCGCUACGGGUACCCCUCUGAGAUUGCUUGAACGUCUGGUGUCCUCGCUCAUACGGCUAAUUCUCGCUGGCAAUGACGACGAGUCUGUCGCAACUUCAACGACUAAUGCUGCACGUGCUCUCUUGUCUCUUGUUCAUCAGCGUCAUGUUGAUAUUCUUCGCGAUGCCGUGAGCGAAAUCAUUGGCGACGGAGAGGGCGAGCACGAGGGCGACGACCAGCGAACGAAAAAGAAAGAGCGGAAGAAGAGAGCGGACGAAUUGAUGAUCUCGUUUUCAGUGAGUCACCCGUGGGCUCAAAGCACCGACGUCAAUGAAAUUGUUGUUGCUUCGACAAGCUCCACCAAGGAGACACGCGUUGGAGCUGUCGAGCGACUCUACAAAAUGUUGCAAGGGGGGAAGACGCUCGAGGCAUCUGACAUGGCCUCAAUACAAUCAGCUCUGCUCGCCCGCGUCUACGAUACACACGCUGGAGUUCUCCAUGUGCUGUACUCUUCACCUGAAUUAUUCCUCUCGACGGUGACUUCAAGCACCACCCCUCAAAAACUCCUCGAUACCAUUGUCUCGCAGGUUGUUCCGGACCCGCCAGCUCGCGCCGUUCUUCACGCUCAUGUUUCUUUCCUUGUCGGUCAUUUCAGCAAAACGCGCCCAGAAUUAUCACGAGCCGUACAAGAACGUGUGCUAUUUCCGUACCUACUUGCCAGUAAAUCCAAGUUCAGGACUGCGCGGGGAGUGUGGAGGGCGCUGAGGGAGGUCGGGAGUACCGUAACUGGAUGGUUGAGAGGUUGCGUGGACAUCUGGGAAAAGGCUGACCUUCUACGUGGCAAGAACGAUGAGGAGAACGAUGAGGCAGACGUGGACAUGAACGCAAUUUGCCAGGCAAAUCUCGAUGUGGCAGCCAAAAUUGCAGAGAACGUCCUUGCUUCCAAUGACAGUUUAAGCGAUAUUUCCCUCAUCCUCUCCAAGCUACAUGACCCCCUACCGCACGGUCGCGCCCUUGCCUACUUGGUCGUCCGCGCUUUCCUACUCAACACGUCGUGUGGACAACAGGUCGAUAUAGCCUUGCAGGCUCUGGCCGCCCUGAAGUUACCCUCUGUUGAUGGUUUUGGUGAUCUCGCAGAUAGUUCCGCGAACUUACAAGAGGUGCUCAAUGACGAUACGCUGGGCAUGAAAGUUGCAACAAAGCCUGGAGGAAGAAUCACGGUGAUGUUUCUUCAGGCGUCCAUAUUGACGUUGAUCCCGGCUGUUCGACUAGUCGAUGCGCGUACUCCUGCUUGGAUUACAACUCCAUCACUGAUUGAUUCGCUACCUGAAAAGAAGGGUAUCGAAGACCGCUAUGUCACUCUCAUGCAAAACCUAUACGCUGUCUCCGUCGCUUCCGGAAGUUCCACUCCAUCGCAGCUGUCUACCUACCUCAUCCAGGCGCUCUUCCUAAACCUAAGAGAUGCUUCUCUCCUAUUCUUGCUAGGCGUCCUUCUUGCGCGAUCUCCCGUCCUGGAGCGCGUGCGAACCCGUGCUCUUUUGCAUGCUUUAGCAUUUUUACGUGGGCACAACUCUGACAAUGCCGUCGAUUUCCAGACGGUAUUGCCUUCCUUCAUUGCUGUGCUCAUGGAUGCGCGGACGGACAAGCAAGGCCGUGCUUUGGUAUUUGAAUGCAUCUCUGUGUUGGCGUCUACCUCGGAGAGGAAACAUGUCUAUGGGCUGGACACUAUAUACGGAGCAGAGUCUGCACACCUGCAGUACCUUGACGCAAAGGAUCUCGAGGCCUAUUUGAAGGCUCUCCUCGAAAGCCGCGCUCUCCUUGCGCAAGAUGGCAACUUUAUCAAGAUAUUCCACCAACAGCACUUCGCUGCUGCUAGUGCAAAAUACAGGCGCCGAGCGAUAUGUUACUUGCUGUCGCACGCAGUCACUCAUCCAGUGCCCGAAGCUCGUAUAUCCAUCAUGUCCUCUGUCGAUGACGUAUCAGACACUGCAAGAUCGCACAUGGUGAUAUCUGCCAUGGAGACAUUGGCCAAGGACCCAGCUCCCAUCUCAAAAUUAUUCGGCGUCAACUUCCACCGGUACACUGCUCUCGUGGUGUCUACAUUCCUUAGCGUUCCUGUUGGAGAUUUGAACUCAGACCCUGAAAAUUCGGUUUGGCAGAUCUUUAGUUUGGCGUUGCAAACAUACUUCAAGCCAAAUGCAAUCACUGCCGUUAGGAAACUGUUUUCGGACGCGUUGGAAGAGAGGCUUUUUGCGCAUCUCAGCAUGACACGGCAGGCUCAAGUUUGCGACAUUCUUUUGUCCGCAGGAUCGCUGGGUAGCGAAGUGUAUGUGUGCGCGAAGGAGCUUCUGAGCAAUCUUCUCCAGGAUGUCCAUCUGAUCAAUCAUCUACUCGUGGUCUACCACCCUGCUGCAGCUCAGUCGGAUUCUCCUGCAAGUAAACGUGCCAAACUCGAUCACCCCCCUCAUGGAGAUAUCGAGGAAAAAAUGUCGAUAUUCACUUUCCUUGCUGAAGUUCUCGGAACAAAGGAGCUUCCUGGUUCGCUUGAUCUUCUCACACAGCUCCUCGACACUCUUGGCAAGAUUAUCCAUUACGAGUCACCGGUUCCGUCCGAUACGAGUUACCCUUGUCAAAUGCUGAUGGCUGCUGUGGAACAAACAGCGAGUAAAAUUACGGAACCUCCUGCUAGACCCAUACGGUUGGACAUACUUGUCGAAAUCAUCAGAGUAUCAGAAAACCCGCAGACGUUCCAUCAAGCACUCCUUCUCAUGGCAAGCCUGGCUCGACUCACGCCUGAUUCGGUGCUGCAUAACAUUAUGCCAAUUUUCACGUUCAUGGGCACAAACGUGUUCCAUCGCGACGACUCAUACAGUUUCAAAGUGGUGCAAAACACAAUCGAAAACAUCGUCCCUGUCAUGGUGUCAUCACUCAAAUCUCGACACGCUUCUGGACUCGAACUUUACAUCGGAGCCAGGGAGUUCUUGCGCAUCUUCACGGACGCAUCCAACCAUAUCCCACGUCAUCGUCGACAAAACUUUUUCAUACACCUCGCGGAUGUUCUUGGGCCUCAAGAAUUCUUGGCUCCAGUUUGCAUGUUGUUGGUAGACAGGGUAGCCAACCGGGUGAGCCGGCAACAUGAAGAUGAAGCCUCAACCUCGUUAGGACUUUCGAUAUCCCUGAUGCGUCAUUUCCCCCGAGAAUUGCAUCUCCAUGUUCUCAAGGAAGCGUUGCGAGAGGCGAAAAGGCUUAUUCGUAAUAUCGCGUUUUCCGAUGAGGCGGGUGCUACCUUUUUGGAUUAUGCCCACGAUGACGAGCACUCUGCGAAAUCGUCCUCUAUCAUGAAGCGACGUGCUCAGGCGCUUAUUAUGUUUGUCGGUUAUGCCAUCACACCCACGCCCUCCACCGAUAUCUCAAAGGGCGACAACGCAACGACGGAACUUAUUUCUCUCCUCGCUGACCUUGCUACAACAGAAGGCGACAAUGUUGCAGACAUUGUGUCAGUUACGCAAAAGGCCACGUCAAAAGUGAUGAAUGCCAUCGGAGCAGCAGACUUCCUGAACGGAGCUUUAGUCAUGCUGCAGUCAGAUGAGACUAGGAUCAAGGCUGGUGCUCUUGAAGUCCUCGCAGAGAGGAUACCUAGAGUGACAGAAGCGGUCCGUCGCGACCAACAAAAGACCACCAUGUCAAUUAUCGACUGCAUCCGGGACGUCGUUUCUCGCCAGUCAGCCGGUGCACUAGUGAACUCAGCGCUGAAUGCCUUGAGAGCAAUCAGCUCCUCCAUUUGUCCUGGCGAGGAGUCAGCAUUAGUAUCUACUGUCCCUCCAGUCAUCAAAAUCAUAAAAGCACGUGCAUCAUUGCAAUCCGCUAUAGCUGUGUUACCUUGUUAUGUAUCCUCUCUUGGUCCUCGGCUUAUUCCUUACUUCCGAGAGAUUGCGCAAGAGUGUACAUCAGUCCUCCAAGAAGGAUUGAGUGGAAAAAUGGCUCAAUCUUCGGUGGAUGGCGCAAUUUCUACCCUACAGGGCUUGGUAUCGACGCUUCCCGCUUUUUACGGUACUGCGGAACUCAUGGACAUUGUCAAACUCCAUUUGGAAUACUCUGUCGCCUUGAGCGGUCCAAUGGCAGGGUUGAUGAAAGCUAUUGCGAAGAAGAUCCCAAGCAACACGCUACUACCGGUGCUGUGUGAUCUGUGGCCCAGUUUGGAAAAAUCUCAGAAAAAGGAACAUGUUGAUGGACUCAUCGCGUUCUUCGCCUUUUUCAAACGCAGCCUUCGGGUAGCUCGACGUCCUGACAUCCAGGAGCAUAUCCGUCCAAUUUUCUCAGUAUUCCUCGACGGCUUUGGCGUGAACAUGAAAUCUACCACUGGCUCCAGAGAUGGAGAACCACAUAUCAUUUCGGCGUUCUUGGAACUUGUUGUGAAGCUUAACGAGACGGCCUUCAGACCGUUGUUCCGCCGUAUGUAUGACUGGGCAUUCGCAGCUGAUGGCGCACACAUGGAGCGUAAAAUCACGUUUUGCCACAUGUACUCUGCCUUGUUGGAUUAUUUCAAGGGCUUGAUGAACCCUUACAUGUCAAUGCUUCUGCAAGCUUUGUGCGAUAUAUUGGACUCUUUGGCCACGGGUUCAGCGCAAAAUCCAUCGUUGUGGUUGUCAACGGUCGAGACACUCACCAAGAGUUUCGAAAAUGACGACGGUGUAUUCUGGCGUGACGACAAACUGGCCUCUGUAGCGAAACCUCUGAUAGCGCAAGUUUCGAGUUGCAUCAAGUUGAACAUCGCAGACGGGAAGCAGGCGCUGACGAACUGCUUGAUUGCCAUGACGAGCGUGGCAGUGGAUGAUUCCUUACUCAAGUCGAUCAACCUUGACCUGCUCAUGCACACUCGCGCAGAGGAUGCUCGUGAGCGCAUAUUCGCUCUGUCCUGCUCAGAAGCCCUCUGGCGUGAACAGGGUGGGAAGCUCAUCGGCUUCGUAGCAGAAACCGCUACAUUCAUCAGUGAAUGUGCCGAAGAUGAGAACGACAGUGUCGUACGUGAGACCCACAAGCUUAAGAAUGCAGUUGAAAGCGUGGCCGGGAGCAUCAGUGGAUUAUGAUUCAUGUCAUUCUAGACUAACUUUCCAAGGGUGUAAGCUAGAUCUCAAUUUUCAGCUAUAUACAUCGUAGUCGUCUACUCGCAUGUGAUUGAACGCCAAAUCAAAAUCAUAAAAUAUUGAUUCACCUAACUAGUUCUACCAUAUAUCAUUCGUUCAACUUCUGCC